AUGCCGCUGUACGGAAGGCUCGAGCCGUUCGAGGGAGACGGGUCCGCCUGGCCCAUCUAUGAGGAGCAAGUUCACGUGUUUUUCCGCGCUAACGACACGCCCGAGGAGAAACAGCGGGACAUUUUCCUGGCAAGUUGCGGAACCCAAGUCUUCAGUCUCCUGCUCGACCUCCUAAAGCCGGCUAUACCGCAUACCAAGACGCUCAGCGAGCUGCUCACUACACUGCGCUCGCACUUCAGUCCGGCGUCGUCCACGCUAAUGGAGCGUUUCCGCUUCAACAACCGGAGCCGCCGUGAAGGGGAGAGCCUCGGGCAGUUCGUCGCCGCGCUACGAGGUUUGGCGAGUACCUGCGCUUUCGGGGACCAGCUGGACUCGCUGCUACGGGACCGUUUCGUCUGCGGCAUAAACAGCCCCGCCAUGCAGACACGUCUCCUGGAACUUCCCGACCCCUCGCUGGACGACGUGGUGAAAGCAGCGCUGGCGAUGGACGCGGCGACAAAAGACGCCGGCGAGAUUGCGCGUGCGGCGUCAACAGAAGCGGCGGUCAACAAGAUGGUGGCAAGGGGCGGUAUAUGCAGUCGCUGCGGUGACGCCCAUUCCCCCUCACAGUGCCAGUUCGUACAUUCGCAGUGCUUCACGUGCGGAAAAACUGGGCACCUUGCACGAGUAUGCCGAACGGGGAAGCAGAACAGCGCACCACAGCAGCAGCCUGGAUCAAGCCCAGGUUCCUCAACAGCCCGCGGUCAGGGUAGUCGUCGCAAGUGGCGGCGGGGACGUGCGGCAGCAGGCUCGGGUUCCUCCGCGGCCAGGCUCAACGUCGUGUCCGAGAACCCGCCGAUUUUCGACAUGUGGCACACAGGCCUUGUCCCGUCGUCUGUGCCGCCGUACGUGCUGACCGUCGAAGUUUGCGGGCGCCCCAUUUCCAUUGAACUGGACACGGGGGCCAGUGUGUCGGUCAUGGCUGGCAAACUUUUCAAAAGGACCUUCCCCGGAGUGGCCGUGGAGGCUUCAGGCGUCAUGCUGCGGAAUUACUCUGGAGAGCUUUCCCAGGUCCAAGGCCAGGCCCAGGUCAGCGUUCGUUUUGGCAACAGGGAAGCAACCCUUCCUCUGUAUUUGACCAAGGGGUCAUCACCGACGCUGCUCGGCAGAAAUUGGAUUUGCGCACUGGGUGUUCGGCUGCCAGAAGGCCAGGAAGCAGCCCUACAUGGCUUACAAGACAUCCCGAGCCUCCUAACAGAUUUCCAGUCACUGUUCCAGCCAGGGGUGGGCACAUUCGCCGGUACGACUGGUGGCAUCCAUGUACCCGAGGGAUUCCGGCCUCGGUUUUUCAAGCCUCGCCCGCUGCCGUUCGCACUGAAGGACGGGGUAACCCAAGAGCUGCAACGGUUACAGCGAGAAGGCAUCCUGGUACCAGUCAAGACUGCGGAGUGGGCCGCUCCCAUCGUUCCAGUCCCCAAGCGAGAUGGUAGUGUCAGAAUCUGUGGGGAUUUCAAGGUUACGAUCAACCCCAUCGCUACCGUCGAAAAGUACCCCCUGCCUCGGAUUGAAGAUCUCUGGUCGGCUUUGUCUGGUGGCCAGAAGUUCACGAAGCUCGACCUCAGAGACGCGUACCAGCAGUUGGUGCUCCAGGAGGCCUCACGGAAGUAUGUCACGAUAUCGACAACUAUGGGGCUUUUCCAGUAUACGCGUUUACCAUUUGGCGUGACCUCGGCACCAGCCAUCUUUCAGAGAGAGAUGGACAACCUCUUCAGGGGCAUGAAGCACGUGGCAGUGUACUUGGACGACAUCCUCGUCACCGGUAUUGACGAUGGAGACCACAUGCAGAAUCUGCACAACGUUCUGGCCCGACUUCAGGAUGCUGGUCUCAAGCUCAAGCGGGAAAAGUGCGUGUUCAUGGUUCCCAGUGUAGAAUACCUCGGACACGUCAUCUCCCAAGCCGGCCUGACUCCGGCCCCCCGCAAAGUUGAGGCUGUUCUGAAGGCGCCGAAGCCCCGAAACAAGAAAGAGCUGCAAAGCUACCUUGGUCUCAUCAAUUUCUACAGGAGGUUCCUGCCCAACCUGUCUGCGCAUCUACAGCCACUGCACAUUGUGCUUCGAGAUGGCCAGCAUUGGGUGUGGAAGAAGGAGCAGGACGUGGCCUUUGAGCACAGUAAACAGCUAAUCACCAAGGCACCGGUGCUGGUGCACUUCGAUCCAGCCAAGCCUGUUGUCCUUACUGUAGAUGCAUCACCCUAUGGUGUAGGAGCCGUCCUAGCGCACAGAGACAAGGAUGGCCAAGAACGCCCGGUGUCGUUUGCUUCUCGACGUCUUCACACAGCAGAGCAGCGUUACAGCCACCUGGACAAGGAAGGCCUGGCCCUCAUGUUUGGCGUCGAGCGUUUUCACCAGUACCUGUGGGCCGAAACUUCGAGGCAGUGA